AUGUCACAACCCCAAUGUCUUCUUUCAGUUUUGCCUACCGAGUUGGUUUUUGAUGACGACAGUGAUAACAAGGACGACAAGGACCAUGAUGGCUAUUACAACGGUCGAAGUUCACUGCUGCACACAGCUAUAUAUUGCAAGAAUGUCGAAGUGGUCAAAAUUCUACUGCAAAACGGUGCUGACCCCGGAAUAGCUUGCACUAGAGGCGGUCCACCAGGUACUCUGGAUCGCUUGUUGGCCCAUACAUGUGAAACUUAUCCACUAAUGGUAGGGGCCCAUCUGGACGCAGGUGCCAAACCAUUUUCUUUCGAAUUUGCUACCAAACUGUGCUAUAAUGACGAUUUCAUAAACUCGCUGAUUAAGCGUAUAUUGAACAAACAUCUGGACGUUUACUGCACAUACUCUGGAAGGUUAUCAGUCAAAGAGUUUACUGAUACAGCAAUACUACAUUUUCCUGCUUCCGAAGGCAAUCCUGAUCUCCUGGAGGCGAUAAUUACUCGUGCACCAAGCCUGCUGAACAUCAGUGUUCCAAACCCUGUUCCGAAUGGCCAGUCUGCGAAAAGAUGGUAUAAUUUAAACUCACUGUUGAACCUGGCUCCGGGAUCACACAAACCAGCGAAUGCCAAAUUUUUGGUCCAUUGUGGUAGCAAGACCAAUAUGGCCUCGUUUGAAUGUGUGUGGGAAAACGCCAGUGAGUUUACUGAGUUUACCGCCCCUUGGCUGGAUGUUAUGGAUCUUAUGGCAGCUAGGAUUGAGCUUGACUCCCCAGAAGCUAUCCCAAUAACCCAAAGAUGUAUUGAUUUUUUCUUCACCGAAAAACUUCCCACAAAUAAAGGUUUUUUCCGGAAACUCUGUUCACCGCCGUUUCUCGGUAAGAUGAGACUUUGUACUCCUCCCCGGUACCUCGAUAAGUUAAAUAUCGAAAGUAAUGAGGGGGAUCUGGAUGAAUUGAGGUAUGUUAUUGGCUGGUGUGAAGUCACUCUCCAGAACGAGAUACAAAAGGAAGGGGAGAAUGAUAUUAGUGCAACAGAUACACCAAUAGACUGUCUUUCUUCGCUGGCAUUCCUUAGACAACAUGGGAAGGUGCAGCAAGAAAUAGUGGAGAUACUGAGGGAGGCGACGCUUUAUUUUGCAUCUCCGGAACGCCUCAGCGGGCUGGGUGAGAGAAACUAG